GGCAGGAAAGGGUGGACUACUCCAAGUCGACGUGCCAUGGAUCGAUCGGUGCGGCUUCCGAUGAUCCGAACAAACGUGCAAGUGGGGGACUCGAAUCCAAUCUUGGCCAUGCCUGGCAAAAACGUUGUUGUGUCGUCAUCCUCCCGCAUGAUGAACCGCGGUGGCGGCAUGGCAGCGACGCCGAGAAGUCUUUUGCAAGUGUCGUUGCCAACGGCGGACCAACUGGUCCAAGUCUGGACAUUCGUGUGCCACUGGGUUCAUGAAAAGGUGGAGUUGGACGAGCCUGCAACAAUUCCAGGGUUUGGCACGGUCACAAUCGGAGCGCACUCACAUAACAUUCGUAUUCCCCACUUUGUCGCCAACCCGGCGUUUGCCAAGAAGUUUGGGCUUUUUACCGACGAAAGUGCGCCAGCCCCCAUGUCCCACGCGUUGGAAUUCCGCGACAUUGCUCAACACUGCAAUAUCGAAGAGUACCACGCAAAGUCGUGGCUCGAACACAUCAUUGAAAACAUCGGCGAUCGCAUGCGAACCCAGCCGCAGGUCGAGCUGAGUAUCGGGGUUGGGGUCGUGACGUGCAAGCAUCGCUUUCUCGACGGCCACAUGACGCAGAAGCAACCGGUGCAAAUGGAGUCUGAAGUCCGAGCAGCCGAGCCAACACCUCAGAAACCCCCUUCAAAUCCACGGUCGCUCAUGUCGAGCUCCAAAACGUUUGCUUCGUACAUUGUACCAACAGGUCAAGAAAAGCUGAGCGUCCUCGUCCCAACGAAACCAUCGUCACCCACAACGUCGCUUAUUGAGAAGGACGCAAGUCCUCGCAACCCACGCAUCCAUCACUCGAAAGAGUCUCGGCCGACGAGUCCGCGGUUAGUGCUUCGGCAAAAGUUGCUCUCACGCACCGACGACAAACCGACAAUUGUCUUGACCACGGAGCCCAUGCCGUGGAACUUAAACCCGAAUCAGGGGCAACAAAUGGACACAGUCAAGCAGCUCGACGCCAAGUACCCUCCGUUGCUGGACCCGUUUUGCCGGACUUUGGGUGUCGAACAAGUCGACGUGGUCAACAAGCUCACGUCGUCCGAGCGGAUCGGGGCAAAUUACAACCUAUCUGCUUGCAACCUCGUCAUUCGAAAGCACCAUCACGCCGUCCACGGCCUUAUCUUUAUCGACGACGAAGCGAACCGGGUGCAGGAACAUUUUGUAACGUUGCGACCACCGAGUCCAGUGCAUGACAAAGGGACGGAACUCCCGUUGGUUACCACGUCCGGCAAGCCCGUGUACGCCGCCGACGGCGUUGUCGUGUCGUUGUCGCGGACGCGGUCCCUCGACGGAGACAAGGCGAGCCGCCCGUCCCAGCCACCUACGUUGGCCCCAACCGAGAUUGUCGAUCGGUACUUGCACUACUUGGACAAGAUCAUUGAUGAUAGCGACAUCGUCCCCAUGAACGCAUCGUGGACAGAACACAUCCAAACGCUGAUUGCACGAGCAGUGAGCAAGGUUCAGAGCUGCCAAAAAGAUGCACUCGUGGCCAACAUGUUUGCAGAAACGCUGCAGUGCUAUAUGUAUAGCAUCAAGAAGGCGAUUCUCGAUUACAUGCUGCUGCGCCAAGUGACCCAAGUUCGACUGGGUAUUCCGGGCGGUGUCCCGCCUGCGUUUCAAGCCCAUGAAAAGUGGAAGUGGGGACAGUCAUACGCGACGUUCAUUUGUGUCACGGCUGGGUGGAAAGAGCGAAAGCGUCGGGCGGAAGAGCACAUCCAGCAAAACCUCAUGCUCAUCGACACGCACUUGAUGGCUCUGCACUACAUGUGGGGAGAUUUUGAGGACUUGCUGCUCGUGGAUAUCCCGACGUCAACCGAGAUGGCGCAACAGUUCGCGCCACUCGACAUCCGUGCGUUUGAGAAACGGCAGAUGGCCCAUGCCACCAACGUGAAGCGAACGCUCAUGGAAAAAUGGUUUGCCAAAGCCAAGCGAAUUCUCACGGCCGCCAAGAACGACGAAGUCCUGGCGUCCGCGCUGCUGCAACCGAAGCACUACUUUGAUUGUAUCGCAGCCUUGAUGUCCCUUCAAUUGCGUCGACUUGUCGUCCGCUCCAUCGACGCCUACGUGGCGUUCUUCAACACGUUUGCGAACCCUUCAGCAAGUGGAAAGAUGCGUGAACAGUCGACGCAAGGGCUGCUUUUAUCGUUGGUUUUGGACCAGACGAAAAUUCGGUUUGCCAUGGCGCUGGAAGAUGUGCAGCUGUCACUCAUGAACAUUCUGUACAACAUCCCGAGUUGUCUCACGCACAUCGAUCGUGUGGAGACGAAAUUCGAGCCGUCCAUCAUCUUGGGUGGGUCUCCGUUUCUGUGGGCCGUGGGCCUGCACGAAGAGGAGGUCGUGAAUGCUGCCGACACGAUCCGGACGAUAUUGCAAGACAAUUUGGCGCAUGCCCAAGCCCUCCGCACAAAGUACUCCAAGUAUUCGGUUGUGGCAGCGGGCGACUUACCACUUGAGCACUUUGUUGCCCAAACGCACGACAUUGCAUCAUACAAGCAGGAGGUUCAAAAGUUUACGCAAUUUGCAAACCAGAUUACCAAGGAGAACGACCACAUUGGUGCCACCACCACGUCGAACCUCUUCCACAUUGAUUGCUCGCAGCUGAAUGCCGGUCUCUUGCAAAAGGCUUCACACUUCAUCCAACAACUCUUCCACGCGUUCUCGGACACGACGCUCCGCAUGAACCGAGACAUUAGGCAGCAGUUCAAGCUCAUUGCAGGACGCCUCGCUCGCAAACCCAUUGACUUGCACGAACUUGUCGAGUUCGAGGCGUACAUUUUAAAGCUGCGCAGCCACGAAUUGCUCCAUCUGUACGACAGCGUGGCCAACGUCAACCAGCGGCUCCAGUUUCUCUUCAGGAAGUGCGCGUUGGUGCAGCAAUGUCCGGCUGUCACCGGGCUGUCCGUGUCAUCCGAAGUCAUCGCGUCCACUUGCAAGACAUUUCAGUGGAAACACCAGAUUGAAAAGAUUCUGCGCGAUGGAGACUUUUCAUUGCAGCACGAGCGUUCGCGUAUCGAAACAGCGUUUAUUGCUAAACGGUCGCGGUUUCAAGCGGAACUGGAAGAGCUCGAGGCCGAAGUCAACUCGUUUCAAAAGAAGAGCGACCUGCGCCACGCAACAACGUACGUGGUGCAGCUCGGCAAAGUACGCGACGCUAUCACACAGGCCCGCAACACCAUCAACAUCAUAUCCGAAGAGGAGGCGAAGCUCGGGUGGGUCCAAACCGACUUUAUGCAGCUCGACUACAUUUGCGAAGCCCUCGAGCCGUACGAUCAACUCUGGCGCACCGCUCGGGAUUUUCGAGAGGCCAGCGUCAAGUGGAUGCGUGGGAAUAUCUUCGAAUUGGAUGCCAAGGGAACGGAAAAGACAGUGCAUGCCAUGACGGUCACACUCACGAAUGCCACGAAACAGUUGGCGUCGACGUCACCGGCGGCCGUCGGCGCCGCGGAGACGCUCAAGAAGCAAAUCUUCGAGUUGAAAGACUCUAUUGGGAUUAUUUCCGUCAUGGGCAACACGAACCUUCGCGACCGACACUGGACUGAGAUUGCCGAGACGGUCGGGUUUAUCAUCGACCCGACGGAACACAUCACGUUACAACGAUUGCUUGACUUGGGAGUUCAAGACAGUGUUCACAAGCUGUUGGAUAUUUCGGAAGCUGCGACGAACGAAGCCGAAAUCGAGCGAUCGCUGGACACGAUGUCGGGAGAGUGGCUCCAAAUGGAGUACAAGUUCGUCGUGGCAUCCGACACGUUCGUGUUGGCGGAGAGCGCAGUCGACGACAUCCACAUCAAACUGGAUGACCACAUCGUCAAGACGCAAACGAUUCGAUGCUCGCAGUAUCGCAAGCCAUUCUUUGGUCGAACAAUUGCAUGGGAACGGAGUUUGCUCAAGUUGCGCGACAUCACGGACCUCCUGUGGCAAACCGGCAACUUUUGGCGCAAAAUGGAGCCACUCUUCUCCGCCGCGGACCCGGUUCGCGCGAUUCUCGACAAAUCUUCCAACGAAGCGAAGAAGUUUACGAUCGUGGAUGGCCACUGGCGCAGUGUCGUCAGUGCCGUCGUCGCCCGCCCAUUGUGUCUGGCUGCCAUUCAAAUUGACAAAGCUUCGGAACGGCUUCGUGAAUGUCUCGAACUCCUCGAGGAGAUUCUCGAAGGCCUGACCACGUGCUUAGAGGCGAAGCGUGCGCUCUUUUCUCGAUUCUACCUCUUGUCCAACGCCGAGUUGAUUGCCGCUCUGUCUGUGUCGCCCACUACGCUUCACGCACGCCCUACGUCCACGAUGAAAGCGCCGUCAACGUUUCUUGGACGGAUUUUUCCUGGUGUUGGUCGCGUCGAGAUGAACAACACACAUGAUAUCACGCAUGUCGUAAGUAUGUUCGACGAGCCGAUGCAGCUUUGCCAAGUCGUGACAACGGAAAAGGUGUCCACCGAUGCGUGGCUUGGCCGCCUCGAGCUGCAACUCCAAACAGCGGUGCAAGUCAUGGUUCGAAACGCUCUCAACGACUACGGGAAAAAGGACUUUCGAAAGUGGACGUCAUGCUGGCCCGAGCAAAUGGUACUUAGCGUCGAGUACUACAUGUGGGGAAUGCAAAUCGAGAAACUCAUCCAAGAUCCAUCCACGACCGCGCAGUCGUCCCUCGAGCCGAUGCAAGGGGAAUCCAUCAACAUGCCCCCGACCCCUGGCUCGAUUCAAGCCAAACUCGAGGCCUACUUGACUACCGACCUCGACGGUCGCAUGUCGGAGCUUGUGACGGAACUUUCGGACGCCAGUCUUGUCGUUGCAAGUCGCAUCAACGUGCUCACAAACCUGAUCACGCAAAUGCUUCACGUUCGGGAUGUCACGUCCAGUUUGAUGGAGCAACAUGUCGCGGACGUCGAUGCGUUUGCGUGGCAGUCCCAGCUCCGAUACGCCUGGAACGACAGCAACUUGCACCUGAAGCUCAUCAAGUCGAGCAUUCCGUACGGCUACGAGUACGUUGGGAACCGCGCGACGCUCAUUAUGCUGCCCAACACGCUGAAAUGCGCGCGCGUGUUGUUCAGUGCGUUUUCGUUGGCUAGAGGUACGAUUCUAAAAGGCCCGGCCGGUGUCGGCAAGACAUCGAUUUUCCGCUCCCUUGCAACGUCCUGUGCAAAACUCUUUGUCCUGUUUUCGUGCGUCGCGACCAGUAACGUCGACGAACUGUUGCGACUGUUAAAAGGUGUCGCGGCUUGCGGCGCGUGGUUCUGUCUCGACGAUGUCCAAAACAUCGUGUUCCAUCAAGUCGGCAUUGUCAUGGAAACGAUCCAAAAGAUUCAAGAAGCGAAUCACGCCCGCGAAGCGUCGUUGAUCGUGCAAGGAGUGAAACUCCGUCUCAAGCGAGGCGGCCACAUCAUGGCGACGUUCCAACCGAGCGAAGCCCGGCCCCACUUGCCGAUUUUCUUUAAAGGGCUUUUCCGUCCCGUGGUGGUCGUGGCGCCAAGCUUAAGCCACGUGGCCCAAGCUCUCUUUUUUGUUGGUGGUUUUACCAACCCGCCGCGUCUCGCCCAACUCGUCGAGUACACACUGACCAUGGCUGAAGGCACGAUCGGUUCAGAUACCUUGACUCGGCAAAACCUGUUGUGUCUUCGCAAUGUCCACGCCAUUGUGAAGGGCGCAAAGUUGUGCCUUGCUGUCGAGCACGCUGGCGCGCUACGUCCUGAAAAGAUCUCUCUCGAAGAACUAGCCGUCACGCAUGUGAUAGCCGAAGUCCUACGUAGCCAGAUCCCCGGAGCGUCGUUGUAUGAGUUCAAUGGUCUCGUCAAGGACAUGUUGAGAGGAGUCUCAAGCAGCCCAUUGCAGUCAGACGCUCCGCUGUCCGCUGACGCGAUCAAAUUGGCGCUAUCGCACAAGGAUUACGUCAGCUCUCCCGCGUUCGAGACCAAAUUGAACCAGCUCCACGACGCUAUCCGACGUCAUUCGGGCGUGUUGCUCCUCGGUCCUCCAAAUUGCGGUAAAACGGCAUUAUAUCAAGUGUUAGGACAAGUGUACAAGCUGCUCGACGAGCGCAUGCAAGCAUUUACUCGACGCAGUGGACCCCGAGAUCCUACCGACAUGUCGUCGGCCAUUCAAGUCAUCGCUCCUCGCAGCAUAACCCUUGGGCAGCUCUACGGGUCAAUGGCUGCUUCGACAAAGACCUUCCAGGAUGGUAUCUUAACGCAGUUCCUGCGAAAGCUCAGCGGGCAAGGCAACACGUCGACGGCAGCAGUCUCGGUGCCUCAUCUCAGCUCUGUCACAAAAGCCUGGCUCGUCCUGGAUGGCGAUGUCGAUCCAUUUUGGGCCGAUGGAUUCAACACAUUGCUCGACGAUACGGCGCAGUUGCUUUUAGUCACGGGAGAAGCCAUUCCGCUGCCACCGCAAGCUCGCCUGCUUUUCGAAUCGACCGACGCGGCGUCGGCGUCGCCUUCGAUGGUCUCGCGGUGCGCGAUUGUGUACGUAGAUGCCGAGGUCGUGACCUGGCGAACGCUGUACGCCGGAUGGCUCGAACGCAUGCCAGACUACUUGGAGGCCAUUGACGACAUCAAAGAAGCGCUUGAUGCGACCGUCGACAUGAUUGAGCCAGCGCUCGAGUUCGUACGCUUGCAUUUCCAGCUCUCGAUGCCGCAAUCGGACGUCGCAAGGGUAAAUGCACUGCUGUCGCUCAUGGACGGGGCAUUUCAAACAGCGUAUCCCAAGAUGACGUCGAUGACAGCCAAACAAAACUACACGAUUGCGCAGUGCAUUUUCUUGCAGGCACUCGUGUGGGGGGUGGGCCACACGGCAAACCACGACGAGCGCGUCAAGUUUGACGCGUUUUUGCGGUCUCUCGCCGGCGAAACCUCGUCUGCCAUGCCGCAAGGAACCACGUCCCAAACCGCAACGUCAUCGCGACAUUUCACCGUCAACUCGAAGAAGUUUAACAUGUUCUUUCCAGCUGCGCACGCGGGGGAGCUCAUGUACUCGUAUGGCUUGAGCGUCGAGUGGGGACUCAAGUGGGAGUUGUGGGCAGAGCUGUACCCGAAUCAUUGCUACACGCCGCCGCCUCUCGUCCACCGCCUGUCGGACUUGUUUAUUCCAACGCCCAACACCGCUUGCGCAGCAUACUUUCUUGAUGUCUUGACGCAGAAUCGAACGCCGCACAACCACGUGCUUCUCGUCGGCCCUCGUGAUUCGGGCAAAUCCGCGGUGGUGGACGUUUUCCGGUCGCAAUCUGUCAUUCGCGCCAAAGCUAUGCAAGAGCUCCAGACGAAUGCACCACCUCCACCGACCCCUGGCUCGUGGGAAAAACCUCUGAAAGCUCCAUUAGCACCACCACCUCCAGCAUCGCUCGUUUUCCUCCCGUACAAAGUCGACUCAUGGCUAAUGCCAUCGCAUUUCCUCGAUGGGUUUGAAAGCCACAUGGAGCGGUCGAGAAAGAAUGUCCUGUCGGCCCCCUCGUCCAAGACGUGCGUUCUCUUGCUAGACGAUGUUGGUUUGCCCAUUCCAUCGAGAGCGUUGUCCACCGACCGAAGCUCAACGCUGGACAGCCUUCGUCAUUUGUUGGAUGCCCAAGCCAUUUUCGAGCCCAAAACGGACACUGAUUGCUUCAUCAUUGGGCUGGCAUGCGUCGCAACUUUAACAUUGCGUCCAUCGCUACCCCACCACAUUGACGGUCGCCUCGGGGCGAAGUUUACCCCCAUCGGGUUGACCUCGGUACAAGAUGCUGACAUGACAAAGCUCUUGACUGGAAUCACGACGUGGCUGGCUCAAUCCAGGAACCUUUCGCUAGAGUACACACAAAUGGCGACGGGGCUCGUGAAAGCCACGACGCGAUUGUACUAUACGUGCACGGACAAGUUCCGCACAACUCCUAAAAGUCCACACUACAUAUUUGGACUCACGGAUUUGGUCCACGUCUUGCACAUGGCGAGCCGCGAAUGCCCGUCGACGACUAUCAGCAGCGACAAAUCGCCGAUGAUUCGGUUGUGGUGCCACGAAGCAACUCGGCAUUUCCACGACAAGCUGAUGUCGCCUGCCGAGUCCACAACGUUCUUCUCGGCCCUUCGCGAUGUGUGCAUCUCGACGUUUGGUAUCACUAUGGAAGCGCUAUUCCCCGCUACCGUUGGCAACAGUCUCAGCGUCGCAGGGUUCUUUCCGUCCGCGACAAGCCCCAAGGAGCCGUCCCCAGCUAUGGCGAGAAGGAGCAGUCGAGCCAACCACGGCAGCUUGGAAAAGAUGAACACAGCAACCACCCAGGGCGCCCAACAGCAGCAACAACAACAGCAACCGCACACUGCGCUGCCAAUCUCGACGCAUCUACAAGCCAGCUUCCAGCACCUUUGCUUCAGCGAUCUCGUGGACCGGCAACAUUACGUCGAAGUUGCCGACGUCAUGUCCAUUGAGCCACGCGUACUCGAAGACCUGGCCAAGUUGUCGGAAACCCCCGUGCGACCGAACGGUGUCCAGUACGAUGUGGACUUGUCCACGACAUACGCCAUGGAGCAUGUACUCCGCCUUCACCGCCUUCUGCAGGACUAUGCACCAGCUACUAGCGCUGUUUGCAGCGACCACGUGCUGCUCUUGGGACGCUCCGGCACUGGGAAAAGCACGUUGGUGCGGCUGGCCGCUUCGCUCUUGGGUACAAGCGUCAUGUUUUUGAACGUGCAGACACCACAUCUGAGGGCUCGAGCCCACUGGCGAGCGGCGCUGAACGAAGUCCUGAUCAAAGUAGUGUCGGAAAACAAGCCAAUUGUGUUGAUCGUGAAGGACGCGUUGUUGGAUCGACCAGAGUGCCUCGAGGACAUCAGCAGCUUUGUCAAUGGCAACGUCGUACCGGAAUUCCUCUUUCAAAAAGAUAUCGAGGCGCUCGCGCCGUCCCUGCGCGAGAACGCCAAAGACCAGAGUGUGUUUUUGGAAAAUGCGUUUGCCGUCGAGUCGUUCUGCAUGAGUCGCAUCGAGCACCUGCUCAAGGUCGUGGUCGUUCUCACGGUGGGGACAAACCCCACUGGCCUCCAAACCGUCUUGACUCAACACGACCACUUGCUACGACGAUGCCGUGUGCAUUACAUGGACACGUGGCCGGACGAAACCAUCAUGGCCAUUGCUCGACGUCGCCUUGCGUCGUCUGAGCUAACGGACGACCAAGUCACAAAAUACGGCAACCUGUGUUUGCAUUUGCACCACUUAGCCAAGCCACUCGAAUCCCCGACGUAUCCGACGACUCCUUCCAAGGUCCUCGCGCACAUUCUCGCGUUUGCCAAGCAAUGGGCCAAACACAUCCCGGAACUAAGCGCUCGCAAGGCGAAGCUCGCCACCGCGUUCGACACGAUUAAAUACGUUGAGAAGCUCGCCAACAAUGUGUCGACAACGGUCCACGACUUACAGCCAGAGAUUCGACAAAUGCACCAGGUGUCGAAAGCGAUCCAUGUCGGCAUGCACACGGAUGCCCAGGCCAUGUUGCUCACACAACGCAAAGUGGACGCAGAAGACGCUAUCCGCCAAGAUAUCGAAAGCCGUCUCGCCGUCGAGCAAGCCCGGUACGAAACCACGUUGAAAGCUGCGACAGACAUGUUCCUGGAUGCCCGUGGCGCCCUCCGGGCUUUGACGGUGCACGACAUUAGCGAAUUCAUCUUGGUGUCUCCGCUGCCACUCAUUGCCAAGCACUUGUACGAGUGCUUGGGGAGACUUCUCCACGUGGAGCCCGUCGAAGUUUGCGAUGAACGUGACGUGAAUACUCGCAUGAUGGACUACUCCAUCCCGACCAUCACCUUGUUUCACAGUCCAACGACGCUCGCCACGCUUCAAGCAUUCGGAACGGAUGUGGCGAGUGCUAUCCCGGACAAUGUCCUCGGGCCGCUCACUCCUAUCUACGAAUCUCCAGAGUUCACUCCUGCGGUGCUGGGGUCGACGCACAUGGUCGCCGGUGUCAUGUGCGCGUGGGUGCGGGCUUUGAUCCACUAUCGCCAGACCAUCUUGUUGCUGGAGCCGCAAGAAACCCACCUGGAGCUCGAGCGCAGUUCGCUGGAGGCAUGCAUCGGUCGUUGCGAUGGCCUGCAUCGCUUGUUGCGGGAGCAAACGGCCGAGAUGGAAAAGACGAAAACGUCCCGCGAUGACGCGGAGGCCAAAGUCCGCGACUUGGCUGCAAGACUCACGGACCAUUCGACGGCAAUCGAAAAAGCCGAAGUCGUGCUGGCAGCGAUGCGUGGCUUUGUCAAGGGGUGGAAGGAAAAGUACGAUGACCUGAUGGAGUGGACGAAUCGCGCGGCCGGGGAUCUCUUGGUCGCGACCGGACUCCUCAUGUACGGGAGCCACCUAAACGCAUAUGGAAGGCGGCAGCUUAUGCUAUUGUGGAUGAAAGCGCUACAACGGCUCCAUGAAUUCACGUCGGACGGGUUGAUCCUGCACACACAACUUCACGCGACGAGCGACUUGCUCAUCGACGCAACGACCAUGCAACGAUGGGUGGCGCAGGGCGUACCAGAUGACCCAGUGUGCCGAGAAAAUGCCGCGUUUUUGUCAUCGAUGGAACUCGUGCCGCUCGUGAUUGACCCCCAUCGCAUCGCGUUCAAUUGGAUCAUGACAAGAGACAUGAGCGAGAGCAAGACGCCGCUCGUGCUAUGGCCGAACCUGGACAACAUGGCCGCGGUCGAAAACGACAUGUUUCGUGCAGUGUUGGAGCUUCGCCCUGUCGUGUUUCCAUCCGUCGACCACAUUGUCAAGUCCGUCACGUUGCCGCUGCUCCUGGCAAGGCGGCAUGUGGCCCUCCAUGGCGCGUCCAAGCCGAACGUUCUGGCUGUCCAAGACACGCUAGUCGAGUUUCCGCUGCUGAGCUCCGUCUACUUGUUCACGACCGACGAGAACGCUCCGAGUUUACCAUUGUUUUCGUCGCUUGUGCACUGCAUCCACGUCGAGUUGACGCCGCAAGUGUGCAUGGACCUUUUUCGCGCCGAGUUUGUAUGUAGUUCGUCCAAACACACGGCGCACCACUGGAAGGAGCUCCGACUGUCGGCGGUGGACUAUGACAUGGACGCGAGGCGCGUCGAGGACCAGUGCUUGAAUGUGUUAGCCACCGCCAAGAGCGACGACUCGAUCUUUGCCGAAAGCUCCAAAUUGUUUGAGUGGCGCACGCUCCAUCGCGAGUCCAUGGACAAGUUUGACCAAGUACAAAGCGAACUCGUCAACGCUCAGUACGUUCCGUACUCGAUGGAUGCGAUGGUCCAGCGAUUCUGCAGCGUAUGUAUGGCCUUCGACGACCUGCGCCACAUCCGACCAGUGUACGGGGUGUCGGUGGCGUACCUUGUAUCGCUUUUGACCCACGUCAUCGACAGAGUCGGGAAAGACAGCGCCGCCGUUCUCGUCGACAAGUUCACCAACACUGCCUACCGUGUCUUGCAUUGGAACGUCCAUGAACCGGACAGGUUGCUCGUCGACUUUUUGUUUGCCUUACGCCUGCAGCACUCGGAUCAAAUCGACGGACGUCCUAGCGGUGACAAGCGCGGCAGAGGUGAGCAUGACGAUGUCGAGGACAAGGAUGACGACGAUGACGACGACAAUCGAAAUGGCGCCGACGCCGACCUGGAUGCGGUGGCGGACGCGUCGUCGGGGUCGUGGUAUUGGGCUCUCUCCAGCACCCCCGAAUUUCGAUUCUUUGUCAAACCGUCCGCGCAUCCGACGCAAGUCGUUGCAAUCCCAUGCCCGUCGUGGGUUCCAGCGACAGCAUCGUGGCAUGCGUUCACUGCGUUCUGCUUCGUUUUGCCGACGCACAAGCGAAGAGACAUUGCGCGAUCGUUCAAGACGGAACUCAAGUUUGUGUGGAAAGAAUUCCUCGAUGCUCCGCAGACCACGCGUCUCGCUUUGCCUGUCGACUUGACGCCACUGCAGCGUCUCUGUGUCGUGCGCGUCCUUCGCCCGGACGCGUUGGCCGCAGAGGUGUUGCAUUUCGCGAAAUCGACUGUGACCAUGUCGGUCCUCUCGGCCGCGUUUACUUGGACCGUAUGCGACACUGCCACGAUUUCGUCGUGCAAGCAUCCUCUGGUCGUCGUGGCUUCGCGGGAUAGCGAUGGGAUCCUUGGCAUCCGAGCAGCCGCGGCCAAAACAAAAGCGGAUGUUGUCAUGGCACCGUGGCAGCCUGUAGCAGAUGAUGGUGCUUUCGAGAAAAUGCUAGUGGCAGCGUCCAAGACGGGUCAGUGGGUUGUCUUGCGAAAUGCCGACGCCAACCGUCAGUGGAUCGCAACGAUCGACAACAUGUACAAGACGAUGGACAUUGCCGCGUUCCAUUGGGACUUCCGCGUGUGGCUAUGUGUGCAUGAUCCGACGGUGCUGCCCAUGACCCUGACGCAAAUUGCGGUCAAGCGAUUCCAAGACUGCGGGACAUCCUUCCGCGAACAGCUCUUGGUCACGUCGAGCCUUGUCCGUCGGCCCGUUUCCAGUUCCGAGGCCACCGUCGUCGAAAGCGACGGGCUGCGUCUGUGCUUUUUGCACGCGCUCCUCAUGGCCCGCCAGCAAUACGGCGUUCUGGGGUGGAAAGGCACGUUUGACAUUGAAACGAGCGACUUUCAGAUUCUGGCACAAGAACAUUUGGACCCGGCGUCGCAUGUGUAUGCCGUCAAAUUGACGUCACCAUGGGACUUGUCCAUGCUCGGCGUGAUCAUGGACGGGUACUACAACGGAAGCCAUCGGGCAGAAUGGGAGCAGAUCAUCCCGUCGUGGGCGUCGAAAGCUCGUCAACUCGGUACUGCUGGGUCGCUCUUGCGAUUGAUUCAACGUUCGUCCGUGUCGGAUGCCAUCGGCGCGCACGUGGCGGCCGCUCCACCCGUCACAACACCGCCACCAAAGUUAUCGCUUUCGGUCAGCAAUUUGCCCGACAUGCCGCUGGUGGAUGACCCCACGUGGUUUGGCUUGGCGAAAACGGCACGGGAGAUGCCCCUUGAGGCCAAAACAAGCGAGUUCGUUGCUGCGAUACAGCGCUCGUUCCAGCCACAUCUCGACAGGUUACCGUCAUCGCCGGCGGUCAUGCCAGUGAGUUGCGACGACCCAGCCAUGGCACGGGCCGACGUCCAGCACUACAACACGUUCGAGAAACUGCUGGAGGCGAUGCAACUGGGCAUCGACGUCUCCAAAUGUCCCAUCCACUACGAGUUCCCCAUGCAUGGCGUUGUCCACCGAGAGCUCGCGGGAUAUCGCGCGAUUCGUACGAAGUUAGUCGUGUAUCUGACUGAGCUGCAAGCGUGCUUGCUCGACGGAGCACUCAUGUCCCCCGAACUGGCAGAGAUUCACCACGCCACGCAGCUAAAUUUGACCCCCAUCGCAUGGCUUUGCCUCGCUCGGUCGACGGAAACCAACUACACGACGUUCCAGUAUCGACUCCUUCGUCAAAUGCGAUACUUUGAGGCGUGGGUGCGCGAUGGCCCGCCGACACAGCACUGGCUUGGUGCAUUCCUUUAUCCAAAGCACUUUUUCCUCGCGCUGUUGCAACAGUUUUCCAGAGGGACCGGAAUUGCCCUCCAAGCGAUGGGCAUGAAAACUGCCCUACACAACGACACAACGUCUGCCGGUGGGAUCGACGAAGAUGGCGACCCCGUCGAAGCGUCGACAACAAACCUCCCGAGCGUCCUCUUGACGGGCAUCGACUUGGUCGGGAUCAACUGGGACACGUUCGGGUCGUCGUUUGAAAAAAAACUCGUGACGAGCGCUGCCGUGGCAGCAACAAGCGUCCGGCAACCUCUGACGCUGCGACUGUCGGCAUUUGUCGUGACCGAGUACGAGAGCCUGUUUGACGACGCGCCGAGUCGACGUUCCGAUGAGGUGCCCCUUCCUGUGUUUCAGUCGCUCGUGGCAACCACCGCGAUCCAUGCGGGAAGGAAUUCAGAGUGCCACCCGGGCGAGAGACCCACGGCAGUCACUUCGCUCGACGCGGCGUGGUACGAAAAGCUCCCGGUCGAGACAGAGCAAGCAGGGGUCCUGUACGUCCCGAGCGCGGUGUCAGUGGCAGAAGCUCUCAAACGAGGCGCGUAUUUUGCCGUUGGCGAGUAGAUUUAUUGAAUAGGAGGUCGUCUGGAACGCUAUGCAUGGUCCAUGCUUGGGCAAUAGAUCGUGCGAAUAACAAAUUCAACGGAACACGCAGGAAACACGACGAGUGCGACUGAGCUGUACUU